AUGCCUUUGGUCCGGGCACUGUCGAAGCCACCCCAGAUCUUCUACAACCGCGCUUUGAAGGGGCAAGAUCGAACCAAGAUCCUGGACCUCAAGCGAAAACCCAGCGCCGCCACUGCAGGCAAGAGCGCCACACACACGACGCCAGUCUCAGACCAGCAGUCGCUUUCGAAAUACUCCGGGGUCGACCCGAAUGAUGACCUCGCCGCCUUGACCAAGAUCCUGCCGCCGAAGAUCUUGUCCUGGACGGAGCUCAGCAUUGACCAGAGGCGGAGCAUCAGCGGCAGCUCUGAUGAUUCCUCUACCGCUGGCGGCGGUGGCGGCGGUCGCAUCGGCAGUAGUGGAUACGGGCGGAACGGCGGGAGGCCCGGAGGUAGCGGGGAGAGCGGGCGUCUUCGGAAUGGUUGCAUUCCCUCGUCGUUCUCGGCAGGCCGCGGCGGCGGCGGCGGCGGCGGCGGCGGCAAGACAAGCCUCGGGCUGAAUCCAGAGAAUGCUCGGCACAGCUUUUGUGGUUGGCAGAGCCCACGAGGGCACGCGAAUGGAGGACAUGGCGUCGGCGGUGGUGUUGGCCGCGGCAACAGCAGCGCCGGUGUUGCUUUCGGCAAGAGACAGGACCGUCGGGCCUACGGCUGGGAACGAUCCCCGACCAAGCGCAGACAAGACGGCGGCGGCGGAAGUGGUGGGGGCGUGGACAAGAGCACCUCUAUCCAGAACCUGCUCACAGCCGUGCAACUAGAGAUCGAGGACCGCCGCAGUACUAGCGCUGAACUCUGCAGCGAGACUUUCAUGCCGAACCCCUUGCGAACGCCCUGGGCAGCCCGCACCGCCACGAGCGAUCCCCCCAGCGUGCCAAUUCCAGACCCGCUACCACUCCCACCUCUCGUGGCCCCCACGAUCCAUGCCAGCCUGCCUGCGGUACCCAACAAUAACCACUCUGCAACAGACCCAACUUCGCUGAGGCUCGUCUUCUCCUCUUCUACGGACGCUCUCCAGCCCCUGUCUCCUCCGAAGCAGGUCGGGGUCAACGUCGGCACGCCCACCCGCAGCUCCCCUUUCACCAGCAGCCGUGAUGCGGAGGUCGAAGGGAAGAAGUUCGGGAGCUUCGACGUGAAGAACUUCGGGGACAGCCUCCUAGGCAGCGGCGGUGAUGGCGCCAUGGACCAUUGGGACACAAAGCGGGAUGGGCAGGGGAGAGGCUCCGUGCCCUCCUCCGCGGAUGGAUCGACCAGGGCUUCGAGCGCAGCGCAGCUCGGGAACGACAUGGUCACCAGGGCGUUCGGGAGCGGAGGUGGCUGUGGCGGGGCUGCCGCGGCCGCGCUUCUUCUACCAUUCCCGGACCCCGAGCCUGAACAGCCAGGAGGAGGCGUUACUUCGCCCGAUCGGGCGCUCCCGUUGACUCCCUCUCCGCUUUCUCUCGAUCGCCCCGAGGACCGUCUGCUGGGGCCCUGGUAG